GCUCGACGACAUCUCGACAGUUGCAAUUUGGGCGUUGCGGUUGGAACAACGCGUUGCCAGAAUUACAUUUUGUUUUCCUCAUUCCAAUCUCCGGUCACCCAAUUCGCUGGCAUACUUAUUUCGUUCGACUUGCAGGCGUAAUUAAUUGACAAGUUGUUAAACAUAUUUAUUAAGUGCGGCCCGGCCUUUGAAUUAUCCGUGUUCACAGCUGAAAAAUUAUCAAUUAAAAUCAAUUAAGAACAGGAGUGAACACACAACAAAAUCAAAUUUAAUCACAAAUAAAGCGAUGCCAGGAAGGAAAAAAGUCCACCACAAAGGCAACAAAGCUAGGCAUCAGUGCCACCAGAGAGCGGAGAGGGACAACAAAGGAGAGCAGAUCCCACCUGAGAAGGAGUCCGAGGAUGGCCCCAGCCCCAGCUCCACCCCCUUCCGGAUUGCACAGUCCGAGCUAUUUGGCCGUUAUUUGGUGGCCAACCGCCAGCUGGAGGCGGGCGAGCUGCUAAUCACGGAGGAGCCACUGGCAAUCGGGCCGUGCGUGAGUGGGGACGCUGUGUGCCUGGGAUGCUACCAGCCUGUCGGACUUGGGAGGGGGCAGUACCGGUGCCCUGGGUGCGGGUGGCCGCUGUGUGGGGCCAGCUGCCCGGGCCUGGGCCGGCGCGUUGGCCACACCACUGAGGAGUGCGCCCUGUACGGCGAGCGGCGGCCAGCGGCCGCGGAUCUGCUCAACGAUCGCACAAGCCCCCCAAGUGUGAGGGACCUAUAUGAGCUGGUGAUGAUCGUGCGGAUUCUGCUGAUGCGCACGCAUGCGGCAGAUCAGUUCGCGAUGAUUGCCCACAUGGAGUCGCACACGGACGAGCGGCGCAAGAACGAAGCGCUCUGGUCACACUACGAGCAGAAGGUAGUGGUGCGGCUUCGCGACGAGUGGAAGCUGGGCGAUCUUGCGACGGAGGAGGAGGCCCUGGCGGUGCACGAGAUCUGCGGCAUCCUCGACGUUAACUGCUUUGAAAUCGGACAGAAGGGGGCAAAGGCGCGAACGCUAUAUCCGAGCGCCUUCCUGCUCGCGCACGACUGCAGCCCGAACACCGCGCACACCGACGACCCACGGUCCUUCGCCAUACUGUUGCGGACCUCGAGGCGGGUGCGCGAACAGGAGGCCUUGACGCUCAGCUAUGCGUACACGCUGCAGGGAACUCUAAAGCGGCGCUCGUUCAUGUACGAGGGCAAGCUGUUCUGGUGCCGCUGCCAGCGAUGCGCCGAUCCGCAGGAGCUUGGAAGUGACUGCAGCGCGCUCGUCUGCCGAUCCUGCCUGCGGGGCACGGUCCGGGCAGUCACGCCGCUGGAGCAAACUGCCGAUUGGGCCUGCGAUCGCUGCGAUCAUCGGACCAACGCCCUCGACCUGGAGCAUCAACUGGACCGCAUCAAUAACGAUCUGGAGUCCAUUGACGUUCACGACAUAACAGGACUUGAGAACUUUCUCUUACGCUAUCGUGAAGUUCUGCGACCGAACCAUUACCUUCUUCUUUCGGCCAAGUACUCUCUCUGCCAGAUCUACGGACGCAUUAAGGGCUACCUGCUGCCCGAAAUGUCGUCCCAGGACAUAGUUCGCAAGGAGCGAUACUGUCGAGAGUUCCUGGCUAUCAUCGACUUGCUGGAGCCAGGCCUAACCCGCCUUAGAGGGCUAAUCAUGUACGAGCUGCACGCCCCGGUAAUGGUUAUGGCCCAGAUGGGCCUGCAGAGUGGCCAGAUCUCGCGGCAGGACUUCCAGCGCCGCCUCAAGGAGGUAGCCAGACUACUUCAGAAUAGCCGCGACAUCCUGCUCCUGGAACCAGAGGGGUCCAGCGAGCACGAAAUGGGCCUGGCUGCUGCCGAUGCUGUCACCAAAAUGGGCAUCUAAACAACUGUCUUAAGCAGAAAUCAAUUUUGUAUAUACCCUUUUAAAGACAUUAUAAAUUCAUAUCGAUCGUUUUUCGACUUCAGACUAUCUAUAAACCUAUAGUAAACCUAUAUGUGGUAAACCUUAGUAAAC